GUGUCAAAUAAAUUUCAUUAGCUUCAAGCCACACCACACUUCCCCAUUAAAUUUUAUCACUUUUGUAAUUUUUUUUUUUAAAACCAUUUUGUCGAAAUUUUUUUUAAAAUAUUAAAUAAAAGAAGAAAAAUCAAGAUAGGAUUAUACAAUUAUUAGUAUCUCAAAAUUUUCUAGUGGUUGUGGUCUUACCAUAUGUCAAUUGAUAUAUCUUCAUAUUGAAUUGCCUUUUAUUUUAUACUUAAACGACACUUCUUUCCGCCGUUUUAUGUACUCUUAAAUUCUCACUUUUUAAUAUUUUUUCUUCAACAAUCAGCAACUCCAAGUUUCCUUGCUGCUUCACUCUAAGCAAGUACUCUGAGGUUUAUGAUCUAAGCUCAUAUCUAUAUACUUCUGCUUAGUCUCUCAUUUUUGAGUUGAGGGACAUCAGCUUGUUUAUUGUUGAAAAUGCCGAAGGGACUGGACUACGAGUUGCUGAAUGAAAACGUGAAAAAGUGCCAGUAUGCUGUCAGGGGUGAGUUGUAUCUUCGAGCUUCUGAACUCCAGAAAGAAGGGAAGAAGAUCAUCUUCACUAAUGUUGGAAAUCCUCAUGCACUAGGGCAGAAGCCAUUGACAUUCCCGCGUCAGGUGAUUGCUUUGUGUCAAGCUCCAUUUCUGCUCGAUGAUCCUAAUGUUGGACUCGUAUUUCCUGCUGAUGCAAUUGCAAGAGCAAAACAUUACCUUUCUUUGACUUCAGGCGGUCUAGGUGCUUACAGUGAUUCACGAGGUAUUCCUGGCGUAAGAAAAGAGAUUGCUGAGUUCAUUGGACGACGGGAUGGGUAUCCUAGUGAUCCGGAACUCAUUUUCCUAACUGACGGUGCAAGCAAAGGAGUUAUGCAAAUCUUGAAUGCUAUCAUUGGAGGCCAACAAGAUGGGAUCUUAGUUCCUGUUCCACAGUACCCACUUUAUUCUGCUACAAUAUCUUUACUGGGUGGCUCUCUUGUCCCGUAUUAUCUGGAGGAGUCAGCAAACUGGGGCCUUGACAUCAAUAAUCUUCGUGAUGCUGUUCGACAAGCCUCGUUCAAAGGAAUAACUGUGCGUGCAAUGGUCAUUAUAAACCCGGGAAAUCCUACAGGACAAUGCCUUAGCAUAGCCAACAUAAAGGAAAUUGUGAAUUUCUGUAUCCAAGAGAACUUGGUGCUUAUGGCUGAUGAAGUAUAUCAGCAAAACAUAUACCAGGAUGAGCGCCCCUUUAUCAGUGCAAGAAAGGUUUUAUUGGACAUGGGCCCACCACAGAGCAAGGAACUCCAACUUGUGUCUUUCCACACUGUAUCAAAAGGAUAUUGGGGUGAAUGUGGACAAAGGGGUGGAUAUUUUGAGAUGACAAAUAUUCCCCCAAAGACAGUUGAAGAGAUAUACAAGAUUGCUUCAAUUGCACUAAGUCCUAAUGUACCCGGGCAGAUAUUUCUAGGAUUGAUGGUCAAUCCACCAAAGCCCGGAGAUAUUUCAUAUCUUAAAUUUGAACAAGAGAGCAAAGGGAUCCUUAAAUCAUUGAGGAAGAGAGCACAGAUUAUGACUGACGGAUUUAACAGUUGUAGAAACGUCGUGUGCAACUUCACUGAAGGUGCCAUGUACUCGUUCCCUCAAAUAUGCUUGCCGCCAAGAGCAAUAGAAGCCGCAAAGUCGGCUGGCAAACACCCUGAUGUCUUCUACUGUCUCAAGCUCUUGGAAGCUACCGGCAUCUCCACUGUUCCUGGAUCGGGAUUUGGGCAGAAAGAAGGGGUCUUCCACAUGAGGACUACCAUCCUACCGGCUGAGGAAGACAUGCCUGCUAUCAUGGAUAGCUUUAAGAAGUUCAACGAUGCAUUCAUGGAACAAUACGAAGAUCACCGAGGAUACUCGAGGAUGUAAAAAAUAAAAAAAGUGAGAUUUCUUUGAAAUCCCUUGUUAUUUUCUCGUAAUGACCGAAUAUUGUAUACUCGCACCCACCCCCACCAUGCUUGUAAAAUUCCUAAAGGCGAAUUUGAUGUACACUAUGCAAAUCAAGAUCAACUUCGAAUGAUUUAUAUACGUAUUGAUCGCUUUCCUUUUA